AUGUCCAACGCCGUCUUCAAGCACACCUUCAACCACGCCGGUUACAAGGGCGACGUCGAGGUCCCCAUCGGCCUCUUCAUCAACGGCCAGUGGACCAACUCUGUCGACAAGAACGCCAAGACCAUCCCUGUCGUCAACCCCACCACCGGCGAGAAGAUCGUCGACCUCCCCGAGGGUACCGAGGCUGACGUUGAUGUCGCCAUCGACGCCGCCCGCAAGGCCUACAACACCACCUGGGGCCUCAACACCCCCGGCUUCGAGCGCGGAAAGCUCCUGAUCAAGCUCGCCGAGCUCGUCGAGCGUGACGCCGACAUCCUCGCCUCGCUUGAGGCCCUCGACAACGGCAAGACCUUCGGUGCCGCUCGCGGCUUCGACGUCCCCGAGUCCGCCGGAUGCUUCCGCUACUACGGUGGCUGGGCCGACAAGGUCCACGGCAAGGUCAUUGAGCAGUCCGCCGACAAGGUCGUCCUCACCCGCCACGAGCCCGUCGGUGUCUGCGGUCAGAUCAUCCCCUGGAACUUCCCCCUCCUCAUGUUCGCCUGGAAGCUCGGACCCGCCCUCGCCACCGGCUGCUCCAUCGUCAUCAAGCCCUCUGAGCUUACCCCCCUCACUGCCUGCUACAUGACCAAGCUCAUCAAGGAGGCUGGCUUCCCCGACGGAGUUGUCAACGUCGUCACCGGUUACGGCCAGACCGUCGGUAACGCCCUCUCCUCGUCGCAGAAGGUUGACAAGGUCGCCUUCACUGGCUCCACCGCCGUCGGCCGCAAGGUUCUCGAGGCUGCCGCCAAGUCCAACCUCAAGAAGGUCACCCUCGAGCUCGGUGGCAAGGGUGCCAACAUUAUCUUCGACGACUGUGUCCUCGACGACGCCGUCCGCUACGCCGCCCAGGGUAUCUUCUUCAACCACGGCCAGACCUGCUGCGCCGGCUCGCGUAUCUACGUCCAGGAGGGCAUCUACGACGAGUUCGUCAAGAAGUUCGAGGCCGUCUCGAAGAAGAUCACUGUCGGUGACCCCUUCGACGCCACCACCUUCCAGGGCCCCCAGGUCUCGCAGACCCAGUACGACCGUAUCAUGAACUACGUCGAGUGCGGCAAGCAGGAGGGUGCCAACGUCCUCACCGGUGGUGUCCGCCACGGCAAGACCGGCUACUUCAUCGAGCCCACCGUCUUCACCGACGUCAAGCCCAACAUGAAGAUCGUCCAGGAGGAGAUCUUCGGCCCCGUCGUCGUCAUCGCCAAGUUCAAGACUGAGGAGGAGGUCAUCGAGGCCGCCAACGACUCCAUCUACGGUCUUGCCUCGGGUAUCUUCACCCAGAACCUCGCCCGUGCCAACCGUGUCGGCAACGCCCUCCACGCCGGUACCGUCUGGGUUAACUGCUACAACGAGCUCCACUCGCAGGUUCCCUUCGGUGGCUUCAAGUCCUCUGGAUUGGGCCGCGAACUUGGGGAAUAUGCCAUUGAGAACCUCGCGACCCAAUCCACUGCGGAGAGGUCAGCUUUGAGUUCUGAAGAGUUGGAAGAUGUCGGAGAAGAAGUGGAAGAAGUUGGGCGGAUGGUGCGCAGGAUGUGA